GUUGUUAGGGUAAUAGCAUUCUUAGAGAAGACGAAAUGGCGGCUGCUAGAGAUGCAUUCGCGAUAUUUUUCAAGAAAGAUAAGACUUUCCGUCCCCGGAAGAAGUUUGAACAUGGUACUAUGAAGUACAACCUCCACAAACAGGCCAAUGCUUCCCUCAAUGCUGGGAUUGACCUGAGAGAGGUUGUUCGACUCCCUCAGGGGGAGGACAUGAAUGACUGGAUUGCUGUGCAUGUGGUUGACUUCUUCAACAGAAUUAACCUUCUCUAUGGUACAAUAUGUGAACACUGUACUGAACAGACUUGCCCAACGAUGUCAGGAGGACCAAAGUAUGAGUACUUCUGGAGUGAUGGUCAAAACUACAAGAAAGCCACAGCCCUCCCUGCAUCUCGGUAUAUCGCACUUCUCAUGGAGUGGAUAGAAACUCAGAUUAAUGAUGAGAACAUAUUCCCUGUUUCUGCAGAGACACAUUUUCCCAAGAACUACCUUCAAGUGGUGAAGAAAAUCCUCAGUCGCCUCUUCCGAGUCUUUGUCCAUGUCUACAUCCAUCACUUUGACAAACUUGUUGCCAUUGGCGCCGAAGCUCAUGUAAACACCUGCUACAAACACUUCUACUACUUUGUCAAUGAGUAUACUCUGGUGGAUAAGAAGGAACUAGAACCCUUGAGAGAGAUGACGGAGAAGAUCUGCCACUAGUGUUGCCAGCCACCGUAACAAGCUGUACAUUGCAGCCUUCACCAAGCACUACCAGUGUAGAAACGCAGGGCUAUAUUUUUGUGUCUGUGAGCGAUGGGCUAGUUUGUAUGCACAGAACCUGCUCUGUGAAAUCAUGGCCUAAUUUGUCUGACUAAAGUGCAGUUUUAGGGUGAACGUUACAUUGAGACAUAGCAACAUCAAAAUAGGCUACCAAAACAAGAAAUUGUGCCCAUGCAUGGAAUUAUUGCAGUACUUUAUCAUUGAGGAAUGUUAGACUUGUGAUCAUAUCAUGUCAUCUGAUUGUUUCAAAAAGUGUAGAACAUGUGUCUCCGAAUUCGUACAUCAGGAAAGAAAUUGAAGAACGUUGCUUUCUCAGCUGUACUGUAAUCGUGUCACUGUGGACGUUUUUGAUGGAUGUUUUGAAAGUGUCUUGAGAUUGUGUACAGUUAUUAUGGAAUGGUGCUUCCAAAAAUUUGACACAAGUAUCAGGGACUUAUCUAGGAAUUUAAACUUGCAUCAUAUGGUCCUUAAAAUGUGUAAACGAAUAGAAAUGUUAAAAUAGGUUAAAAUUAAAAUUAUUUUAUUGGGAAAGGAUAUGCCAUUGUGAAUUUGUAACCAAAAUUCUGUAUCGUUUGUGGGCUAUGAGGUGUUGUUAAAGCCUAGAUAAGUCUCUGGUGGUGUAUAAUAGAACCAGUACCCUGUUCAUAGUCAUUCCAGUGCAAGCAUUUCAGAUAGUGGACAGAUUCUAAUCUCAUAAAUAUUUUAUUUUGACUCCCGUGCAGUGUCUCUCAGUAGGAAGACCUGAUGACACCUUAGUGGAGGGACAAUGAGGUGAAGCAUUAGGAGACUUUUUGUUUAACCAAAGAAAUUUUAACUUUGACCAACAGACCCAUACUGUACACAAAUAUUUCUUUGAUGUGUUUGGGUGAAGGUGUCGCAGUGCUCAAAAAUGACAGUUUAUUUACUGUGGCGGUGACUGAGUUAAAUUUGGAACUGAUCCUUUUUAAUUCCUUGUCAAGAUAAGAGAAUGAAAUAUUCUGGUCUGAAUUUUCAAUUGUACCUUGGAUUCAUAAGUCUGGAUAUACACCCGACACGACCUCCCAAGAGGAGUCAUCAUAUCUUCAUGCAGGGGGUAUUUGUAUUGGGGUUAAAGAUCAAAUUUUGUUGAGAUUGGACAGAUUGCAGCUUGCUAGCUAGGAUCCUUAGUGACAAGCUUUAACAAUCAACAUCAUUUGCCUCAGGACUGGUUGCGUCUGACUUGUUGCUUCCGAAAUCCACCGAUUAGUCUCUUUCGUCAGUAAUGUCCGACAGGCAGUUCCAACAUUUUGUAAACACUUAUUUACAGAUAAAUAUGCCAAAAUCCUGGCUUAUGAUGCUCAAAGUUUCAUCUGUUUUUGUGGCAAUUUUGUAGCCUGAAACAAAAUCGAACGUUUUACAUUAAUACUUUCUCAGGUUAACUUCUGUGCAACAUUACUCUUGCCUGAGAAGGUAUAUAAGUCUGUGCAAGUUUAUACAUUGAGGAAGACAAAAUAUUACCAUGGAAGAACAUGGCGCUGUCAUCUCAUGGUGUUGAAUGUAUGUUAUAAGAAUUGACAGUCCGCCCAGCCUGAAAUGUAAUACACCUAUUAGGAGCUGUUUGAUGAAGCUCUAGGGCAUUCUCGUUUGAGUAUACUUUCAUACCUUAGGGUGAUUUAAGACAGCUUUAAUGAAGGUGUGAUAACAUAGACAAGCCUAUUGAACUAUUCUUGUUGUCUUGAUCAACUUGAAAGUUAAUUUCCUUCAUCAAUUUCUUACACAUUUUCAAUUUUGUCAACAGUAUGACGUAUUGAUUUGGAAUGGUGAAGGGUAUAUCUUGUCUGCAUUAUCACACCACUCCAGUAAUGUCAUAACAUGUAGUGUUGACAUCUCAUUCAUGCCAAGCCACUAUCAUCCUCACCACACAGGGGAUGUUGCAUUCUGGUCAUACACUUACUAACCCUGGAUUCCCCUCUGAACCGUCUAAAGCAAACAUUUUCAGUCGGAUCAAUAUGCAUUAAUCACUAGACUGUGUGUCUUUAUAUCCCCUUGAAGGAAACAGUUUUUCGGAUAAUGUAAUGACUGUGCAUACGCUGUUUAACUGUUUGAUGAUCAGAGUGCAAUGCCUGAGGAUGUAUUUGUGUUUUAUAAGUACCCUUCAUCCUUAUCAUGUUAUCAGUCCACAGAUCGUGACAUGCUUGUGGCUGUUCCAACACUGAGACAAGGCUUCGGCCACUCCUAAUACAGAAUAGUAUAAUCCUACAUGCCAUGUCAGCAGUGCUUCCAAACAUGAAAGGUUUUGUUUUCUCAAUCAUCUGAUAAUGCAGUAAUACAGUGAACCUCCCAGUUCAAGGGAGGUAACCUGUGAAAGACUAUAGAAAA